AUGGGCGAAUGUAGGCCGCCCUGGCGCCUCCUAGAGCCGAAGCCCGUCGCCCGCGUCUGCAGCAGCGGUGGCGCGGUGGGGAAGAGCAACCUGCUGUCCCGGUACGCGCGCAACGAGUUCAACCUCCACUCCAAGGCCACCAUCGGGGUGGAGUUCCAGACGCAGAGCAUGGACAUCGACGGCAAGGAGGUCAAGGCUCAGAUCUGGGACACCGCCGGUCAGGAGCGCUUCCGCGCCGUCACCUCUGCCUACUACCGCGGUGCCUUCGGGGCGCUCCUCGUCUACGACAUCUCCCGACGCUCCACCUUCAACAACGUCGGCCGCUGGCUCCAGGAGCUCAACACUCGAUUGCUUGCGCUUUUGGUACUGCUUGUACAGCGAAUGCCUCUGACUGGAACGACGCUAGGAUCUCGUAGAUCUGGGGUGAUUUUCGUGGAACAGUUGGAAGCACAGAUUCUUGCUCAACAGGCCUCACUUGAAGCAAACCCAGCAGCACUUGAAGAAAACCAAAAUUUGUUGCGCCAGACCCAAGAAGAAGUGAGGGGGAUGCAUACCAAGUUUGAAGAGACUAAUGCACUGCUGUGA